AUGCUGUGGGUGUGGGUGGCAGUGCUGGCAGUGGCGGGUGCUGGGGCAGUACCGGGGGAGCGUGAUGGCCGCAGCCUGACGUGGGCGCAGGUGGCUCGCGACGACAACGGCGACCACAAGUCCAUGGAAUAUGACGACAGCUUCUUCAGGAAUUAUGACUACGAGUACGUAGAUGAGGCCCAGGCGGUGGAGCUUCCGCCGCGCCCUGAGGCAGGCGCGUCACCCCCACGGGCGGAGCGGCGCACCCUGGGCACCCUGCUGGGACGCCUGGUUCCGGAUAAUGCGUCCCAGGGCACCAGGCCGGCGCGCAGCAGCAUCACCACCACCACGCGCCCGCCAGCCUCCUUCCUCGAGUCCAUGGUGCGAACCAUUGACAACCUGGUGGUGGAGGAUCUCAAGGGGUGGUCCAAGUUCCUCACCCACAUAAACACCCGCUACGUCACCACCACCACCACCACCACGCCCCGCCCCGCCCCGGCCACGCAGCAGCUGCAGGGAGACCUGGUGGUGGUGAGUGACGAGUUCGGGCGGCAACACGUGGUCACCAUCAAUGACAUCGUGUCCUCGCUGGCACAACUUGACGAGCAGACCAUAACAGACCUCUUACUGGGUCCCUCCAACCCCUCCCAACCCAACCAGCCAAUCCAGCUCCCCGCCCGCCCCUCCGUCAGUAUUCCCAUCGGGCUUGACCUCAGCAAGGGCUUCACACAAAGUGGAUUAUCCUCACAAACACAGGCACGCAGCCCCAUCAGCUCUAACUCCAGCCCUAUCAAUCCUAAUCUUAGCAAAACCACCUCAAACCUCAGCGCCACCAGUCCUGAUACAAGCCCCAGCCGCAGUCCUAACCUCAGCCCCACUAACCCCACCCAUAGUCCUGCCAUCUCUAACCACGACACCACCAGCUCUAAUCAUACCCCCACCACUUCAAACUUAAGCCCCACCAGCUCUAAUCAUAGCCCCACUACUUCAAACUCAAGCCCCACCAGCUCUAAUCAUAGCCCCACCACUUCAAACUUAGGCCCCACCAGCUCUAAUCAUAGCCCCACUACUUCAAACUCAAGCCCCACCAGCUCUAAUCGUAGCCCCACCACUUCAAACUCAAGCCCCACCAGCUCUAAUCAUAGCCCCACCACUUUAAAUUCAAGCCCAGUCAGCUCUAAUCGUAGCCCCACCAGCUCUCUUCGUAGUCCCACUAGCUCUAGCCUCAGACCCACCACGUCUCAUCGUAGUCCCAGCAGCAGCUCUGGCCGCAGCCCCACGAGCUCUAGUCAAAGCUCCAACCAAACCCCAACUAAUUCCAACCGCAGCCCCCCCAGCCCUGACAGCAGCCCCGUUGGUCUCAGUAGCAGCAGCCGCAGCCGCCAGCCUACCCUCAAUCCCACCCACUCCCCUGACCAAUCCCCUGUCCGAGGCACCAACAGCCGCACCCGCAGCCGCACCCGCCACCCAGCCCACGCUCCCCCGCGCACUCACACGUCCACUCGUGUCUCCACCAGCUCCAUUGUCCGUGCCAUCCCCAACCACGCCUCCACCCACACCUCAUCGCAGGGUGUGGUUCGCGCCGUCUCCACGCGUCUCCCCUCCCAGAGCGUGGUCCGUGACAUCCCUACCCUCUCUCCCGCCCGCACCCCAACACGGGCCGUGCUCCGUGGCACCCCCAUCCAAACACUCGCACGCCCCAGCACUUCCAUUCCUGACUUUAUCGUUCCCUCGCCGUCAGGCUCCACGCAAAACGCCGUUCGGAGGAGCAGUCAGGGAGUGCAGCGGCCGGCGCGCCACACAGGCCCCGUGCAGGCGGCGGCGGCGGUGCCCGAGGAGGAGGGCGAGGUGAUAGUGAUGCGGGAUGAGACGGGUGCCAUGCACGUGGUCACCAUCCAAGACAUCAUUUCCUCGCUGGCGUCCCUCAACCCCACGGAGGCCAAGGGCCUGCUCUUCGGAGAAACUCCCGCCGCGUCCCCUGCAGCUCCCGCUACGCCCUUCGCCAGCCACGGCCUCUUGCAGAAUACCGGACACACUGCCAGUGGCGUGACCGCGGGCCACGAUGCCCAGAGGGUCACGCUGGGAUCCGGGAGCGUGCAAGUGGGCGGGCCGGUAGUGAAGACUGCCUCGGCGGGCACCGUGCACGCGGCGCCCCAGCGAGGCGGCCUCUUCACCAUCCAAGACAUCAUAGCGGCAGCAGAGGCGGAGGAGGGCCCCCAGGUGCCCCGACCCGACACGCCCAGCCAGCUUUUCCAGCUGUACCCGAACAGACACCACAACGUUCUGGCCCCAAAAACCACUACCCCGCCCUCGCUGAUGGACGCCCUGCGCCAGCAGGACCUGCCGGAGCCCCUCGUACAGUACCUCGCCUCCCCGUCAGUGACCCAGCCCGUCACGCAGGCAAGCCCCGCACCGCAGCCUGCCCCACAGGGCCUCGGGGCCACUCUCAGCGGCCUCUUCUCUCGGAUUGUCGGAGGUCAGCAGCAGCAGCAGCAGCCCCAGCAACAGCAGGCGCAGCAGAGUCAGGCCGUGGUGAACCAAGCGGGUCUGGCGCUGCCCACACCCAUCCACUUCCGGGAGGGCACUAAACAGUCCACCAACACUGUACAGAGCCCAACCAAGCCCAAACAAGAUAACUUUCUCCCGCCCGCCCUCAGCCACCUGUCCCAGGCAGUGCAGGACGCUCUGCGUAGGCAAGCUGAUGAUGUGCCCAACUUCGUACCGCCAGACUCCCAGCCCCAGGCAGCCGCCAGGGCAGACACCGGCCCCGUGGAGUUUAUCUCCGCGGAGGAGGAGGACGAACCCUUGCACGCCGCCCCCCAGGAGCAGGUCCCCGUCAUCCUGCCCCCCUCUGUCUUGGAGAAGGUGCCCCCGCCAGUCCUUCGCAGGAUCACCAAGCAGUACCUGGAGUCCCAGGUGGACGGCCAGGCCACCGCCGAGGAACGCGUCUCCAAGAAGAAGAAGAAGAAGCAACGUUACCAGUACGUUGAGUUGCACCAGCCCGUGCUUCAUCCCUUCCCUCCGCCUAUCCCAGCCUACCCGGCGCCCGUAUACCCACACCAGGGCUACCCAGACCACCACCACCAAGGCUAUGGGGAGGAUGACCACUCAGGCUACGGCAAUGCCUUCCCCAUGCUGGAUAUCUUCCUGCUGGCGGACGUGACCAAGGUGAAGAAAGUCGGGGACACCAACCUGUCUAUCAAGGCUCCCAAGAUUGGUGAUCCUUCCUAUUUCGUGGACACGCGGCCCCAUCACGGCUAUCACGGGUACCGCUAG